AUGUCUUACCGGUACAACUUUACAGACAUGCACGAGUUGAUCCUGAAAAACCUUUCUGAUUGUAUGGAGUUAUGGGAUAAAGGUAUCUUUGAAAUAGAUCAAAAUUGGACAGCUACUGAAAGAAUCCAGCUUUUAAGGUUGUGUUUCGAUAAAGCAUCUACCACUGAAGUUUCCACUCGCCCGUUUGUUUUAUUCUGGUGGCAACAGAUGCUCUGGAGUAUUGUAUUUGGUUUAAUGAUUCUGGUUGCGUUGGUUGGAAAUGCCAUUACGAUCUGGAUUGUGUUGGCACACAGAAGAAUGAAAACUGUAACUAAUUAUUUUCUGUUGAACCUAUCGGCAGCUGAUUUUGCUAUGACUUUAUUCAACACUAUUUUUAAUUUUAUUUUUAUGCUAGAUAGCCACUGGCCGUUCGGUCACCUGUAUUGCAUCAUCAACAACUUCGUUGCUUACCUGACUGUGUCCUCUUCUGUUCUCACUAUAAUGGCAGUGAGUUUGGAAAGGUACAACAUUGCUUUCUUUCUACUAACUUAUGGACUUCCAAUAACAUCAAUGGCUGUUGCAUAUAUCUCAAUGUCUAGAGUCCUCUGGCGUCAAACUCUUGCUGAUGAGUCAGCGCAAGUCCAACCAGAAGUCGUUAAUUCAAAACGAAGAGUUGUCCGCAUGCUUACCUGUGUAGUGGUUAUAUUUGGAGUUUGCUGGUUACCGUAUCACAUCUAUUUCUUGUACACCUACCACGACAAAGAUUUUGUUAAGGCCAAGUUUGUCCAGCAUCUGUAUCUGUCUAUCUAUUGGCUUGCUAUGGCUAAUGCAAUGUUUAAUCCUUUGAUCUACUGCUGGACCAAUCAGAG